AUGGCGUCGCCCUCGCGCACCUCCCCGCCAUCCCCGCGCGGCCCCAACUUCUUCGCGGGCAAUCCGCUGCUGCCACGUAAGCAGGAGAAAGCCAGCGUGGCGCAGCUCCUCAGCCCGCCCGACAGCGUUCCCGCCACACCGCCGCUCCCGCCGCUUUCCUCCCGCCCUAACUCCGCGCUUCCCGGCUCCGCGCCCGCGAAAUCCCCCUUGGGCGUCGCGCAUCUGCUGCGCGCAGUGCCCCCGUCAAGAACAUCCUCGUUACCAGCGCAUUACUCCCUGCCGCCCGGCGAUGUGCCUAUAUCGAGUCUGCACGGGUCCAGCAGCGCGUCGACCCUUUUAGGCACACCAGAUUCUUCGCGAAGCGAACCGAGUGGGAUCCGGAUCGAAUCAAAUCCGAUCCGGAUCGAGCCUCAGGUGCUGGCGGUUCUGGACGGGCGUGUCCUCGUCGCCUGGUCGCAGCGCCGCCUUCCAUCCGCCGCUGUCGCUGCCUCCGAUGACGUACCUCCAACGAAGGCUCGGCAAUCCGGGCGUGCAACAGACCCGGUAACAGGUUCGGCAGCAGGUUCGGCAGUAGGCGCGGACGCAUUGGCCUCUGGCUGGUGCCUGGCCUGGCAGCCGCUGUCCUCGUUCGAAGGUGGGAGCAGCAGCAGCGGAGGGGGUAGCAACAGCGGCAGCAGGGUGCGGGAGAAGCUGGUGUAUCUGGGGGAGAGGCUCGGCGCGCCCCACUUCGCCCUCGAAGUGCAACUCGACCCCUCCGCCUCUGCUGCCGCUGCUGCCCAUGCCGCUGCUGCUGCUGCUGCUGCCCCCUCCUCCGCUGCUGGUGCCACUACCGCUGUUGGCCCCACCGCUGCCAAUGCUGCCGCCAGUGGUGCUGCAGGCACUGCCGCAGCAGGGGCGGAAGUGAGAGGAGGGGGAGGAGGAGGAAGAGGAGGCGGGGACGUGGCGGGUCAACGGCUCACUGCCAGCCUGGCAACUCCUGCCACGCCUCCGCCCAGCCCUGACACGCCUGCCGAACCUGCUGUCGAGCCUGCGCUCGCUGCCCCUGCCAAAACUGGCGCAGCCGCUGCCAGCAUUGCUCGCGACGCGACCGCGAAUCAGGCUGCGGAGAACGAGGCAGCACAGGGGAAUGGCAGCAGGGAUAAUGGGGGCAGUGGUGACGGAGGGGGGGGAGGAGAGCGAGGAGAGGGAGGAGAGAGAGGAGCAGGAGGAGGAGGGCGGGGUGAGAGAGGAGGGGGAGGAGGGCGAGGGGAGAGGGGAGGGGGAGGGGUGGUGAUGGUGGCGGGGUAUGGGCGGGCAGUGUUUGUGGAUCUGCGCACGCUCAUGCUCGCCACGCAUCCCCUUGACGCCCAUGCACGCCACGACCUCGCAAUUGCUGGCCAUGCGCGCGCCCUGCUAGCAUGGCAUCGCUCGGCGCGCUUCUGUGGCACGUGUGGGGCGCGCACGGCCCCCUGUGAGGCGGGAAACCGCCGCCUCUGCCCCGUUGCUGCCUGCCGCUCCAAGCUCUAUCCACGCAUCGACCCGGUGGUGAUAAUGCUGGUGGUGCAUGCACGGUCGGAUCGAGUGCUGUUGGCACGGCAGCACCGCUUUCCCGACGCCAUGUGGAGCUGCCUCGCUGGUUUCAUGGAGCCCGGGGAGAGUCUAGAGGAGGCAGUGGCAAGGGAAGUGAGGGAAGAGGUGGGGCUGUGCAUCACUCACACGCGCUACCACUCGUCGCAGCCGUGGCCUGUGGGGUUCGGCAGCAUGCAGUGUCAGCUGAUGGUGGGCUUCUAUGCCUUUGUGGACGACACUGCUGUUACCCUCAACACACACGAGCUGCAAGAUGCUCACUGGUUCACACGCCAGCAGGUUACAGCCGCACUUUCCCCUGAGAGAUACGCGACGGAAUGCACUGCCGCGAGUCGCAAGGGCCCUACGCCAUAG